AAGCUGUUUGUGAAUGACUGGGGAGUAGGUAUCAUAUGGAGCAGAAGACACAAAAGAUGAGUGGAUUGAAUCCUUGUGGGACAGAAAUAUAUGUUUUAGAAGCCAGCAUUUGGUCUGGUUCUUAUCUCCCAGACUUGGACCAGGCAGCUUUGGAUUCUUACUUUCCAGCUUCUGAGUUAGGUCAUGGCUAGGGGAGUUUCUAUAGAUCUUCUCCCAGCCAGAACCUUGGAAGUGUGAUGUUACCAGCUUAGGCUAGUCCUCACUUCCAAGGAGUCAGGUCUCCUUUUUUUUUUUUUAAAUCAAUGUUGUGAUUUGUACACCCUCAUCCCUCACAAGAUGUACAUCCCUCUUUACUUAGUGUCUUAAGUUCUCAACAGACCCCUUUUGAGUCCCUUCUGGAGAGAAAAGCAGGGAGGCUCAUACACAGUCUCCUGCAGCUGCUACAACUAAGUACCACACUUAGAGCCAGCUGAAGACUGAGGCCUCAGGAAUAAGACUACAGCAUUCUCAAAACACUCAAAGUUCAGAAAUGAAAGCAGGGAACUUUUUAGAUUCCUGUGGAAAAGUUGAGUAGGCAAUGUCACCAAACAGAAGGCAAGAGUAGGGGUGGAGACUGGGAGGACAGUUUAUUUGUUUUAGCCAGGUUCUACUAAGCAGAACUGGUUCAGGUCAGUUUCAGCUGGUAGAGGUGGAGUUGUCUUAGGGAUGAGGGUACAAAACAGUCUGAGGGGAGGGUUUCAGGCUGACUUGUAGGUUAGCACAGGAGACUUCAGUGGCAUUCAGCGCUUCCCCCUAUUUCAGAGUCAAUUAGAUCAUUUCCUCUUACAUUUUUCAUCUUUGGAGGCAUAUAAUUUCAUGUAUCGCUCAGCUAUGCGCUGAGGAAAUGCAUAAGUAUGGGUUUGGCUAGGGCAUUAGGUCUUUCCAGAUUUAGCAAAAUCCUGACCCACAACUCUAUAGCGGAGCACGGCUUUCCUAGUAGGCUGCCUCUGAACAAAACCAACUGGACUUGGAACAGCGACUUUAACAUUUUGUCAGGUCUGCGCGCGGCGGCCAUUGGCGGCGGAGUGUCACGUGACCGCGGGGGCGUGCCAAUGUGCUCCUUUACGGGUGUCAAGCCCUUGUCAGAGAGUGUGAUCACGAUCGUGAAACCUCGCGAUGCAAAAAGCGACCUACUACGACAGCUCGGCGAUCUACGGUGGCUACCCCUACCAAGCAGCCAAUGGGUUCGCUUACAAUGCCAGUCAGCAGCCAUACGUGCCGUCUGCCGCUCUGGGCACCGAUGGCGUUGAGUACCAUCGACCUGCCUGCUCCCUCCAGUCUCCCGCCAGCGCUGGGGGCCACCCCAAAGCUCAUGAGCUGAGCGAAGCUUGUCUGCGCACUCUAAGCGGCCCUUCUAGCCAGCCCCCAGGCCUGGGUGAUCCAUCUUUGCCUCCACCUCCUCCCCAGGCAGCGCCCCCAGCCCCACAGCCUCCACAGCCCCCACCACAGCCCCCUGCGCCCACCCCUGCAGCUCCUCCGCCUCCCUCGUCUGUCUCUCCCCCUCAAAGUGCCAACAGCAACCCUACCCCUGCCAGCACGGCCAAGAGCCCCCUGCUCAACUCUCCCACCGUGGGCAAACAAAUCUUUCCCUGGAUGAAAGAGUCAAGGCAGAACACUAAGCAGAAAACCAGCGGCUCCAGCUCAGGGGAGAGCUGCGCUGGUGACAAGAGCCCGCCUGGGCAGGCCUCGUCCAAGCGCGCGCGCACUGCGUACACUAGCGCGCAGCUGGUAGAGCUGGAGAAGGAGUUCCACUUCAACCGCUACCUAUGCCGGCCCCGCCGAGUGGAGAUGGCCAACCUGCUGAACCUCACUGAGCGCCAGAUCAAGAUCUGGUUCCAGAACCGCCGCAUGAAGUACAAGAAAGACCAGAAGGGCAAAGGCAUGCUCACCUCUUCUGGGGGCCAGUCCCCAAGUCGUAGCCCUGUGCCUCCCGGUGCAGGAGGAUAUCUGAAUUCUAUGCAUUCGCUGGUCAACAGUGUCCCAUAUGAGCCCCAGUCACCCCCUCCUUUCUCCAAGCCCCCACAAGGCGCCUAUGGGUUGCCUCCGGCCUCCUACCCUGCUCCCCUGCCCAGCUGCGCUCCCCCACCUCCCCCACAGAAACGCUACACAGCGGCGGGGUCAGGCGCAGGGGGCACCCCUGACUACGACCCGCAUGCUCACGGCCUGCAGGGCAACGGCAGCUAUGGGACCCCACACUUACAGGGAAGCCCCGUCUUUGUAGGGGGCAGCUAUGUGGAGCCCAUGAGCAACUCUGGGCCAGCACUCUUUGGCCUAACUCACCUCCCCCACACCACCUCGGCUGCCAUGGACUACGGGGGCACUGGGCCGCUGGGCAGCGGUCACCACCAUGGGCCGGGGCCUGGGGAGCCACACCCCACCUACACGGACCUUACUGCCCACCAUCCUUCUCAGGGAAGAAUUCAGGAAGCGCCCAAGCUCACCCACCUGUGAUGAUGGGCCCAGGGCUGCGAGCCAGGAGAGUUGCCCACCCCACCUUCUUUGGUUUCUUUCCCCUUUUCUUUGUUUUCUGUUCUUCUUGCCUUUCCCUUUUCUCCUCUGCACCCCUCCCUCAGUUUGUUUUCCUUGGUAAUGCGUUUUUAUAGUUUAUGUGACGUAGCAAUCUUGGUUGCUGGAAAGGUUGUCAGUAUCAGUAGCAACAUUUACCACCACCCGUCCUCGUCCUGGUCUCUGGCCCUGAUCCUUUACCUUCUCUACUCUUUGAUAAGAAACAGGGUAUAUGAACAAACUUUUUAGUCGAGUUUUCAAUGUGAAUUUGUUCAUACUUUAUGGCUCCCGAGAGGAAGCAACUGCGUUUUUUUUUUUAAGUUUUAGUUUUUAAAAUUGCACUUCUUGUAAUGAUCGAGAAAAAGAAAUCAAAGGCGCUUUGAAACAGGGACUCCCUGUGCAAAGAUGACUAAAUGUACGUCUUUCCAUGUGUGUGUGCUGGUGAACAGUCAGAUUUAUUUAUAUUUUUUGCAAGCAUUGAAUAGUCUAAGUUUUAAAUAUUAUUUAUCCCCAUCCGUUCGUAUUUAUAUUAAAGAAAUUCUGUACCCUGAUUGUUCAGAAGGUUUCUUGAGCCUUUUGUUCAAUGGUGUAUUGGCAUACAUAUAAAAUUUAUUUGAAAGGGAAAUAAAAUUCCUUUAUAAAAACCGUAGCAAUGCAAUAAGAACAGAGAGGACCCAGAGUUUGAAAAUAGUGGUUUAAGUUUGUAACAUCCGGCAAAACUGAAGCUAAAAAUGCUAGAUUUGUUUUAAGAGUUUUACAUUCCUUGCUGCUCACAUUCUGAGAAACAAAACAAAAAAAAAUAAAUAAAGUUUUUAUUCUGAUUAC